AUUAAUGAGUGGUCUUUACAAUUAGUUUGAUCUCAAUAACUUCUUGCCAGCAGUUUAUGUAGUGGAAGCUGCACCAUUGUGUUCCAUUAUAGAAAAUUAAGUUAGAUCUGAGAAAGUUGGAGACCAAGAUCCAAGGAUUUAUACUGUGUACAAUCAAAGCAAAGAUAGAAUCACUUAAUAAACCAAUUUAGUAGAUAAGAUAGCCAGAUUCGUUAAAGAAGAUGAAGAGAAAGAAGAAGAUCCAGAUUAAUCAGCUGAAGUCUAGACUAGAUACUUUAAUCUUGAUAGUAUUGAUGUACUCUCUAAAGGAGUAUGUAGAAGAUGCAAAAAAGUAAUUGGUAGUGAUAACCAAAGCCUGGCCAUUUUGAAAAAUGGUGUGUUGAAGACAUCGGUGAAUCUAAAGUGACUUGUCGAUUUUGUUUGGGAGAUCAUUAUUAUUUAAAAUGCCCUAAUAGUUUGUGUUUCAAGUGCAACCAAGCUGGACACAUGGCAAAGGAUUGUGAUGUUGAGGGCUAAAAAUGUCAUAGAUGCAAUAAAAAGGGACAUAAAUCUAAAGAUUGUAAUGUUAUCAUUAUGGAUGAUGAGAAUGUAUUUGAAAAGGAUAAGCAAAGACUAAAGGAUCUUUUAUGUCUAAAUUGCAAAGAGAGAGGACAUUUGAAUUGUUUUUCAAAAGGAUAUAAAAAAUAUGAUCUAUUAUAUUGCGAAGGGAAGGAGUAAAGAGAAAGAGAAAAAAUGAAUAGAAUGGAUUAUUCUUAAAAAAAUAAACAUAAUCAUGAACAUUAACAUCAACAUCAUUAAAAUAAUCAUUAACAUCAUCAUUAAAAUAAUCAUUAACAUUAACAUUAACAUCAUAAUGAAAAGUAAUAUUAAUAUGAACAUUAAUAUAAAUAAAAACAUUAGAAAGAAUAAAUCAAAAAUCUACCACAAACAACCAAAAAAACAAUAUAAAAAUAUCAUUAAUAAGAUUCACCAUCACAAUAUUCAAUAUGGUCUGAAGAAUCUCCAAAUGUUAAAAGGAUGAAAAAUAAUAAAUAAAGAAAAAAUAAGAAAAAAUAGAAAAAAUAUUUUAAAUAAUUUAAUUGA